GCCCCUGCCCGCCCUCGCGCCCCUCGGUCCCCGGCUCCAGGGAUCUGGAAGGGAUCAUGCACUCGGCUCGGAUCUCCACCUCUGGAUCGGGAAUGCGGAGUCAAGGCCCGGUAGUGCGUCCGCUGCCUGUGCAUCCAGUCCGUGGCGAUUGAAGCCGGUGUCGCCGGCGAACCGAAGCAGACGCUCAUGGACGCAGCGGGAUCCCCGGCUCCUGCGGGGACAGGAGGUGACGGCUCUAGAGGGAGAACCAGAGAGACAUCUGGGAGACUUUCAAGAGAACAGAUUUAUGUACUGGUGUCAGCCGCAUCCAUGAACUUGGGUUGCAUGAUGGCCUAUUCCAUUCUUGGACCAUUUUUCCCCAAGGAGGCAGAAAAGAAGGGAGCCAGCAACACCAUGAUUGGGAUGAUCUUUGGGUGCUAUGCUUUAUUUGAGCUGCUGGCAUCUUUAGUGUUUGGAAAAUAUCUUGUACAAAUUGGAGCCAAAUUUAUGUUUAUAGCAGGAAUGUUUAUUUCAGGAGGAGUUACAAUUCUCUUUGGUGUCUUGGACCAACUUCCAGAAGGACCCAUAUUUAUCGUCAUGUGUUUUCUGGUGAGAAUAGUAGAUGCCAUAGGCUUUGGUGCAGUGAUAACAGCAUCGUCUUCUAUCCUCGCAAAGGCUUUCCCCAAUAAUGUGGCUACUGUCUUGGGAAGCCUUGAGGUUUUUUCUGGACUAGGGCUGAUAGCAGGUCCACCUUUAGGUGGCUUUUUGUAUCAAUCCUUUGGCUAUGAGGUGCCUUUUAUCCUUCUGGGGUGCAUAGUCCUGCUGAUGAUACCACUCAACCUAUGUAUUUUGCCUAGUUAUGAGUCGGAUCCAGGUGAACACUCCUUCUGGAAACUUGUCUCGCUACCCAAGGUCGGUCUCAUAGCCUCCGUUAUCAUCUCCCUCAGCUCUUGCUUUGGCUUCCUCGAUCCAAUCCUCUCUCUCUUCGUCUUGGAGAAGUUCAACUUGCCAGCUGGAUACGUGGGACUGGUCUUCCUGGGUCUAGCUCUAUCCUAUACCAUUUCGUCACCGCUGUUUGGUUUCCUCAGUGAUAGAAUGCCUAAUCUAAGGAAAUGGUUUCUGGUUUUUGGAAACUUAAUCACAGCUGGGUGCUACAUGCUCUUAGGACCUGUCCCCAUUUUGCACAUUAAAAGUCAGCUCUGGCUCCUGGUGCUGGUGCUAGUUGUAAAUGGCUUCUCUGCUGGAAUGAGUAUCAUCCCAACUUUCCCGGAGAUGCUCAGCUGUGCAUAUGAAAAUGGAUUUGAAGAGGGAAUAAGUACGCUGGGACUCGUGUCUGGUCUUGUUAGCGCCAUGUGGUCAGUUGGUGCUUUCAUGGGACCAAUGCUGGGCGGAUUUCUGUAUGAGAAAAUUGGUUUUGAGUGGGCAGCGGCUAUACAAGGCCUGUGGGCUCUGAUAAGUGGACUUGCGAUGGGCUUAUUUUAUCUCUGGGAGCACUCAAAGAUGAGAAGAAGAUCUAAAGCUCAGAACCUCAUUGGCACAGAGGAGGAACGAACUGCUCUAUUGCCCAAUGAAACCUAACCUUGCAGAUGCUGGGUUGAUGCAGACCAAGAGACCAGUACCUCGAGCUGUGUCAGCAGCUGCUGGAGGACCUUUCUGUGUGCCAUGCAGGGGGCUGCGCUUUCUGCACUCAUGCACCCUGGAAGUGUCAAGCUGCUUUUAGAUGACCCUGCACUAGGCUGUGCUUAGUGUAGUCUGGAACAUCUAUGAGAAAGGGAAAACUGGUGUUUGUAAACAGCCCACCUUGCCCCUGAGGUGCUGUUAUUGACUCUCUUCAGCAUUCUUUUUUGUUUGUUUUUUCGAGACAGAGUUUCUCUGUGUAGCUUUGGAGCCUGUCUUGGAACUCACUCUAUAGACCAGGCUGGCCUUAAACUCAUAGAGAUCCACCUGCCUCUGCCUCCCGAGUGCUGGGACUAAAUGCAUGUGCCACCAAUGCCCGGCUCUCUUUAGCGUUCUUAUUCUUGUGUUUGUUUUUUCAUUCUAAGUACAUCAAUUCUACAAAUGCACCCCUUAAAAUUAAUACAUGAAAAAAUGAAGCUACUUAAUACACAUUGAACAUAUGCAAUAGAAUGAAUAAUUUUAUGAAAUCAGUUUUGAAAAAUGUGCUUUCUCUACACUGAGAUUUUUUUAAAUCUCCAUUUAAUAGGCAAGAUUCCUGCCUGCCAGGGAAAACUUCUAGAGUGUUCCUUCAUUUUCAGGUGUUCUAAAAAUGUUUCUCUGGAAAAAAAAAUAAUACAUGUAGUUUCCAUUUUGUGACAUUUUCAGAUGUAAUCUAUAUUUACAAAAAUUAUUUGGCAUAACAUUAUUCAUUUCCAAUCUCAGUAUCUCUUUGUUUUAGUCCCACAAUUUAUGGUGGCUUAUUGUGCUUACUACUUUUCUUGGAAGAUGUGAUCCAUCACUAGGUGGGGCCCACCCCCAGCUACUAGGAUGUGCUGCACAGUGGAGGGUUACUCCCUCUAACUUCCUGUAAAAGCCUAGCUGUACUUGAAAUGAGAAUGUCAACUGUGUACCUCUUGAUUAAUUUUCUUAUUUUAGCAGUUAUAUUUCUUUUCUAAUAGAAUAAAUGACUUUUGUCUAUCUA